CACUGGAGGGUUGCCAUUCCCUUCUCCAAGGGAUCUUCCGAACCCAGGGAUUGAACCCAGGUCUCCUGCAUUGCAGGCAGAUUCUUUACUGUCUGAGUCACUAGUGAAGCUUGCAUCUUUUUCAAAGUGGAGGAAACAGUAUAAAUAAACGUAAGGAAAGCCAAACAGUGUCAUUAAAUUCUAGCUGGAUGUCGUUGCUUUCUGGGUAUGGAAAACUCCCCAGACUUAGCCUGGUUCCCUCUCCUUGUAGCUCAGGUCUCCACUCAGAUGGCCCCUCCUCAGGAAACCUCUCCUGCCCACCCUUCAUUCUUGCUUUAUUUCUCUCAUAGCCCUAUCACAAUCAAAGGGAUUGUUAGUUUCCCUAUGGGCCUCUGGUUCCACCAAGGUAGGGCCUUGUCUUCCUGGGUUAAUCAUUCUGUUUCAUUGCCUGGCUCAACAAAGAGUUGAGUAAGUAAGCCACACCAUGCAGCUUGUGGGAUCUUAGUUUCCCAAUCAGGGAUGGAACCUGUACCCCCUGCAGUGAAAGUGCAGAGUCCUAACCACUGGACCACCAGGGAAUUCCCUCCAGUGUGUUUUUGCUGUGCUUGUAGUGUGUACCAACCAGGUGUUAAGGGCAUGUGCCAGUGCCUGCUGCCACUUGCACCUCCUAGGACAGGAGGGCUGAGAGAGACUUGAGAAGGAAGCAGCCUUCUGAGGCGCAGCCCGGCAGCUCCCCUGGCUCCCAGGCAGCACUGGGGAGACCCCCAGGCCUGCAACCUCAAUCCAGGCUUCAGAUCCUCCUUUGGCCCCUGGCCAGCCAAGUGACCCUACAGCAUCACAGAACCUCACCAACUUUCAUCUUCCCCAGGGCCUCUGUGAGGACGACAAGGGACAGUCACUAUGGACACAGACUAAUGAAAAAAGCUGCUCAAUAAAUGAGAACAGAAGCUCAGAAGGUUUACCAGAAGAUGAGAUGUAAUUACUGACUGUGUCUGCUCACGUCCUACCCUUUCUUUCAGGCCCAACUUUAAAAAGUAAUAAUAUUGUUUCCCCUUUAAUAAGAAUUUAUUGUGCCAGGCACCUUUCUAAAUUAGAGGUUUGUAUAUCUAUCAUUUAAUUUUAGCCUUGCAAUAAUACUGUAAAGUAGAGAUUUAGUAUUCCCAUUUUACAGAGGAGGGAACUGAGGCUCAGAGUAGCUUUAUGACUUGCCCAAGGGGAUGCAGCAAGAAGUGAUGCAACCUGCCCACAUUCUUAACUAUGACAUUGUAACAACCACCUAAAUGCCACCACCUACAUGAAGAUUUCCUGCCUAGGGUUCUCCUCUUCUAAAUACUCGUAAUUCAUAUUACCUCUCUGAUCACAUCUACCCAAUCUCCCAUGGUGUGUGUGUGUGUCUGUGUAUGUGGCAAAUAUUCAUUUCUUGAAGGCUGAGACCACAUUCACCCGUCUCUUCCAGAGUCAAGCUGAGCACCUGGCAUCCUGUAGGUACUUCACUUGUGUCUGUCUAGUAAAUAAGGAUUGAAGGCUCCUGGGUUUCUUCUGCCAGUAUCCAUCUCCAUGGAGGGCAGAUGAUGAAGAAUGAGCAGCCACAUUUCCAGAGAUAUAAACUAGCUCUAUGAGAAAGUUUCUGAGCUGUUUACCUGGGAAAGUGUGUGGAAUGAGGUGGGUACAAGGACCAGGAAGCUAACACUGGCACUGAGAUCAGGAGGAGAUGGCUUCGGAAAGAUACUCCUGGAUAGCAAUACUGAGGUCUGUGCUAGACUUCAUCUUUCUAGAUUCACUUUCCACUCUGCUCUCCACCCCCAUGGGAGAUUGGAAGAAGUGGAGGGGAUGGUGUAGGGGUACUGAUUCCAUGUGUGUUGGGCCAGGACUGGUAGCGGCUCUGUGGUUACUAGCCUGGAUUCUGUGCUAUCCUGAGUGGUUUCCAUACACCCUGACCUUGUCUUUGGAGAGUCCCUUUAAUAGACACUCUUUGUAUCAUCCUGAUUUGAUUGUGUCCUUGGCUUCUGCAGGGAGAGGAUGGAUGGGGUGGAAUGCCCUUUACCGUGCUCUUUGGGCCACUUCUUGAUGUCAGAGUAUAUGCUUACUCAUCUCUGUGUUCCUGCACCUGGCAUAGUCCUUGGGCCGUGGUUCUAACAGCUAACACUUAUUGAAAGCUUAUUAUGUACAAGGCAUUGUUAUCUGUAUUGACUCAAAUAAUCCUCAUCACAAUCCCAUGACCAUCAUCCUCAGUUUACAGAUGAAGAAACUGAGACACAGAGAGGCUGAGUGGCUUGUCCAGGGACACAUGUCUUGUCAGCCUUUGGCAGAUCUGGAAGGUUGGCUCAUGACUCUUGAACCUGCUACUGGGCUGCCUUUCUGUUUGCUGUUUUGGGGAUGAUGUCCAUUAGCCUCUGGAACCAAAAGAAUCUAUUUCUUUGCCCACUCAGGGACUCAGGUAGAAUGGGCAGAAGGUGGAAUGCAGGUUACCAUGGCAACCAAUUACUUGGUGCACAACUGGUGAGCUCUUGGGGCUGAGGUUCUGCUGCUGGCAGGAGAAGGGUGGGGUUGGCAUGGGGCAAUGUCUGAGGUACCAGAUGCACUGGGAGGAUUUGGAAGAAUACCAGGCCUUGACCUUCUUGACCAGGCAUGAAAUCCUGUGCAUCCACGACUCUUUCUUGAAGCUCUGUCCCCCCGGGAAGUACUACAAGGAGGCCACGCUCACCGUGGACCAAGUGAGCUCCCUGCCAGCCCUGAGGGUCAACCCUUUCAGAGACCGAAUCUGCAAGGUGUUCUCCCACAACAAUGUGUUCUCCUUUGAGGAUGUGCUGGGCAUGGCGUCUGUGUUCAGCGAGCAGGCCUGCCCCAGCCUGAAGAUAGAGUACGCCUUCCGCAUCUAUGAUUUUAAUGAGAAUGGCUUCAUUGAUGAGGAGGACUUGCAGAGGAUCAUCCUCCGGCUGCUCAACAGUGACGACAUGUCAGAAGACCUGCUGACCGACCUCACCAGCCAUGUCCUGAAUGAGUCCGAUCUGGAUAACGACAAUAUGCUGUCUUUCUCAGAGUUUGAACACGCGAUGGCCAAAUCUCCAGAUUUCAUGAACUCCUUUCGGAUUCAUUUCUGGGGAUGUUGACGUGAACACCAAUACCUGCUCUGGUGGCCUUGAAGGGGACCCCUGGAACUUGGAAUUCAACCCUCUGCAGGCACUAAAGGAAAUCUGACUAGAAGAAUGACUUUGUCCCCAUCCCUCCCUCACUUCUAGAAUUUUGUUUAUUCAAUAAAGCAAAAUUAAAGC